AUGACCACUGUGCAGUUAGACAAGAAGUCCAUCAGCUCUGGAAAGGAGCCCAGCCCUGGGAUUCCCAGGUGUUCCCGUUCUGUGAUCAGGACUGAACACAGACGACUCACAACGGAGUUUGGGCUGAGCUGGGUUUUCCUUGUUGCUAUUUUAAGAGGUGUCCAGUGUGAGGUGCAGCUGGUGGAGGCCUGGGGAGGCUUGGUGGUGCCUGGGGCGGUCUCUGAGACUCUCCUGUGCAGCCUUGGAUUCACCUUCAGCAGCUAUAGCAUUGACAGGGUCCGCCAGGCUCCAGGGAAGGGGCUAGAGUGGGUCUCAUCCAUUAAUAAAGAUGGUAGUAGCACAUACUAUGCAGACUCGGUGAAGGGCCGAUUCACCGUCUCCAGAGACAACUCCAAGAACACACUGUAUCUGCAAAUGAACAGCCUGAGAACGGAGGACACGGCCGUGUAUUACUGUGCAACAGACACAGUGAGAGGAAAGAAGGGCCUGGAGUACAUGGGGCAAAUCGAUUAUGAUGGGGACACAUACUACAAUCUUUCCCUCAAGAGCCCCACCUACAUCUUCAGAGACACGUCCAAAAGCCGGUACUCCCUGCAGCUGAGCUCCAUGACCACCGAGGACACUGCCGUGUGUUACUGUGCAACAGACACAGUGAGGGAUAGUGUCCUGUCCCAGGUGCAGCUGCAGGAGUCGGGCCCAGGACUGGUGAAGCCAUCACAGACCCACUCCCUCACCUGUGCUGUCACCAAGGCUGCAUCACAAGCAGCUAUUACUACUGGCACUGGAUCCGCCAAAGCCCACGAAAGGGGCAGGGAUUGA